ACAGUGUACAGGAAGAAAACAUAAAAUGAGCUUCGGUAGCGAAAUAGAAUAAGUAAUAAAUAAUUGUUCAAAGUAAAAAUGGAUCGAUUUUCUUGGUCAAAUGGGCUUCUAGAGAUCGAUGAAACUUUAGUGAUCCAACAACGAGGUGUCAGACUGUAUGACGGUGAUGAUAAGGCUAAGCUGGAUCUUGGAGUUGCCUUGUUGAGUACUCAUCGGUUGAUCUGGAGAGACAUUAAAAACCAUGAAUGCUGCAUAUCCAUGCCUUUGUCACAGAUCAUCUUCUUUGAGGAGCAGGCUGCAGGAAUCGGAAAAAGUGCAAAAAUAGUUAUACAUCUGCACCAAGCAGCUGCUAACAAAGAGCCAGGUCCUUAUCAACACAGCAAGUACUCCUUCAUCAAGCUGUCCUUCAAAGAACAUGGGCAAAUAGAGUUUCACAGGAGGCUAACAGAGGAAAUGACUCAGAAGAGAUGGGAGACACCAGUCUCACAGCCAGUCCCCACAGGAACUGGUCCACAGGCAGGAAGGACACGUGCUGUUGGAAUUGUUGGCAUUGAGAGGAAGAUAGAGGAGAGAAGGAAAGAAACAGACAAAAACAUUUCUGAGGCCUUUGAAGACCUCAGUAAGCUGAUGGUAAAGGCCAAAGAAAUGGUGGAGCUGUCCAGGUCUAUAGCAAACAAGAUCAAAGACAAGCAGGGAGACAUAACAGAGGACGAGACGAUCCGGUUUAAGUCCUACUUACUGAGCAUGGGUAUUGCAAAUCCUGUUACCAGAGAAACACAUGGAUCAGGCACUCAUUACCACAUGCAGCUGGCUAAACAGCUGGGAGACAUGCUACAGGCCCCUCUAGAGGAGCGAGGAGGUAUGAUGGCUCUCACUGAGGUGUACUGUCUCGUCAACCGUGCCAGAGGAAUGGAGCUUUUAUCUCCAGAAGAUUUGUUAAACGCAUGCAAGAUGUUUGAGUCAUUAAAACUCCCACUGAGGCUGCGUGUGUUUGACAGCGGUGUGAUGGUGGUCCAGCUGCAGUCUCACAGUGAGGAGGAAAUGAUCGCCUCAGCACUGGACAAUGUGUCAGAGAAAGGCUCUUUGACAGCUGAGGAGUUUGCAAAGCUCUUGGGUUUAUCUGUCCUUCUGUCCAAAGAGAGGUUGUUGCUGGCUGAGAAGAUGGGCCACCUGUGUAGAGAUGACUCUGUUGAGGGUUUGAGAUUCUACCCAAACCUGUUUUGACUGGUAUACUGUUGUUAGAAUGAGGGAGAAAAAAAGUCACAUUUGGCUGCACUUGGCUGACUAAUGCAUUUAAAAAAAACUCCAAUAUCGACAUAAUGCUAAUCUGAUGUAUGUUUAGAACUGAAAGUUGCUCUGAAGUCUAGUCAGAAUUAUAAAACAGUUGGAUGAAACAGUUGGUCUUCUGUUCAGAAGUACAAUCCUAAGUGAGCUGUUUUCUAUGCAGGGUUAAGAGAAUAUAGUCAAGAUACUUUUCCAGAAUCUAUUAAACAAGAUGCAAAUACUGUACACACAGUGAAGUGUUUUAAAAAGUCUGUUUGUCAGAGUCUUUUUGGUAAUAAAUGAGUUUGGAAAAACUGA